AUUGUUUCCUCCCAAACCGUCUUGAACACAAUACCUGCGAACAAGGCACUGAGGGGACGCUAUCCAAACUAGCCUUGUGUGCCUUGUUCUGAAGAUGGGGGCUAAGCCAUCUCUCGCCGAAUACCCCGCCUCUCGCUGUCGCAUCGAAGAAGUAUCCAUGUUUUUUGAGUGCCAGCCGAAGAAAGCUCCCGGCCAGCCGUCGAGCAUCGACUGCACCCCCGUCCCCCGAUUCUUUCUUCUAUGCGAUGGCAGUCCAGCCAUCGAAGUCACUGGAGCAGUGAGGACUGAUCAUGCGGGGAAGCCCGUCCUAUCAGCUCAACUUCUACGCAAUCUUCCCAAGGCGAAGGAGUGGCGGCAAGUGAUCAAGAGGCAGACGGACGAGUGACUGAUCCUUCGCGCUCCGUCUCGAGGGGCGGACAGCGGGGAAUGCGUCGCAUAGGCCCGGACUCGGUGGGGGGAUUUUCCAGCGUCGCCGUUUAUGUAUACGCCGAUGGAUAUGCCGCGCCGCUCCGUGAUGUCCAACUUUCUUUUGAUGCGUGCGGUGGAUGCCGAUUUCGGAUGGCCUUAGGUAACUUGCCUAUGGGAACUGGGAAGCUUCGCUGCUGAAACGCGCACCCAUAACUCGCCCCGGGCGUUCCAAAGGCUUCUCAGUGCACGAGCGCGAUCCGUACUUACAACAUCCGUACUGCCGGAGGCCCGGGAGGCGUACUUCCUCGCUCUAAGGAGGAUACACAGGUUCACGCCUUUGUUCCAAAAAAGUCUACUCAUCCUGGGG